GUUUAUUAGAUGCGGAUCAUUCAGGAACAAUUGAUAUUGGUGAAUUGGCUAUAUUUAUGCCUGUUAUUAUGCCUAAUGCUAGUCCUUACAUGCUUCUUCAUCAUAUUCAAAAAGCUGAUAAAAAUUGUGAUUAUAAGCUUAAUUUACAAGAAUUUACUUUACUCAUUAAUCAGGGUAUUGGUCGAGAUAUAGCACUUGGACGUUUAUAA